AAGAGAGAGCGUGAAAGAGAGAGGAUGUCUCUCUCCGACUGGCACCUGGCGGUGAAGCUGGCUGACCAGCCUCUUGCUCCAAAGUCUAUUCUUCGGUUACCAGAGGCAGAGCUGGGUGACUACUCACUGGGAGCCUAUAGUAUUUCGUUUCUGAAGCAGCUCAUUGCUGCCAAACUCCAGGAAUCUGUUCCAGACCCUGAGCUGAUUGAUCUGAUCUACUGUGGCCGGAAGCUGAAAGACGACCAAACCCUUGACUUCUAUGGCAUUCAACCUGGGUCCACAGUCCAUGUUCUGCGCAAGUCGUGGCCUGAGCCUGAUCAGAAACCAGAACCUGUGGACAGAGUGGCUGCCAUGAGGGAGUUCCGGGUGCUGCACACCGCCCUGCACAACAGCUCUUCAUACAGAGAGGCGGUCUUUAAGAUGCUCAGCAACAAGGAAUCAUUGGACCAGAUCAUCGUGGCCACCCCAGGCCUCAGCAGUGACCCCAUUGCUCUUGGAGUUCUUCAAGACAAGGACCUGUUUUCUGUUUUCGCUGAUCCCAGCAUGCUUGAUACGUUGUUGCCUACCCACCCAGCCCUGGUCAAUGCCAUCGUGCUGGUUCUGCACUCGGUGGCAGGCAGCACCCCACUGGCAGGCGCUGACCCCUCUUCCCGGAGCAUGCCCUCCAGUUCAUACCGGGACAUGCCAGGUGGCUUCCUGUUUGAAGGGCUCUCAGAUGAUGAGGACGACUUUCAUCCCAGCGCCAGGUCUACACCAUCCAGCAGCACACCCAGCUCCCGUCCAGCCUCCUUGGGGUAUAGUGGAGCUGCUGGCCCCCGACCCAUCACCCAGAGAACGCCCAUCACCAAUGAUCUCUUCAGCCAAGCCCUGCAGCAUGCUCUGCAGGCCUCUGGACAGCCUAGCCUCCAGAGCCAGUGGCAGCCCCAGCUGCAGCAGCUACGUGAUAUGGGCAUCCAUGAUGAAGAGCUGAGCCUGCGGGCCCUGCAGGCCACUGGAGGGGACAUCCAGGCGGCCCUGGAGCUCAUCUUUGCCGGGGGAGCCCCCUAA